AAAACUAACCAGCAGCCCGGUAAACAAGCACCUCGUGCGGGACAAAGGGCUGCGGGGGCUGACGUCAGCGUGUUGACUCAACAACAAGACAGAAAGCAGGAAAGCAGGAAAGCGACCCGAGAGACAUGCUUUGUCUUGUGCCACAUCGCUCGAUUUCGACACGACUUCAGCGGCGCCGGCGUCGCGCGGCCAGCCCCUCGCUCUCUUUCUUUGUCUCCUCGCCGGUGAAGUUUAACGGGAAACCCGUUGGAGUCGUUUCGCCUGCUCCGAAGAGGAUCUUAUGACUCCCUCGCGCAAACAUGUUGGUUUUCUGGAAGAGCAGCAGUAACAUGAGUGACUUGGUGGGUCCGGAGUACCAGGGCUGCGUGGACGGGUCUCUGAUGGACGGCUUCAGUGUUUUUAUUCAGGCGCUGUUGGCCGUUCUGGCUUUCAGCACUUUAAUGUUGAAAAGGUUUCGUGAACCCGUCGGAAUAAGACGACCGUGGAGGAUCUGGUUCUUUGAUACAUCGAAGCAGGCUAUCGGGGCUCUUGUCAUGCAUUUCGCCAACAUUUUCUUGUCCACACUCACCAACGAAGAUCCCUGUUCUCUAUAUCUGCUGAACUUCCUGUUGGAUGCCACAUUGGGAAUGCUGGUGAUCUGGGUGGGGGUCAAGGUUGUCUCCAAGAUAGUGGAACAUAAACAGCUAACGCUGCUGAUGUUUGGAGAAUAUGGCGAUCCUCCUCGGAUGGUGGCCUGGUUGGCUCAGUGCUCGGUGUAUUUAUUCAUCGUUGCUUUGGAGAAGAGCGUGGUUACUCUGGUGCUGCUCAUUCCCGGGUGGACCAACCUGGAGGACGUGGUGCUGGACUACAUCCCGAACCCGCAGCUGGAGCUGGCCGUCGUCAUGCUGAUCGUGCCUUUCAUCGUGAACUCUAUAAUGUUCUGGGCGGUGGACAGUUUAACAAUGCGGAAAUACAAGAAAACGACAUCUCUGGAGGGCUCGUGUGACCGUCCUAAGCAAGUGGAGGUGUCGCCGAAUGACAGCGGCGACGAAGCUGAGGUGCUGCUAAAGGACGAUGAAGACGACGCCACAGUGUGCUCCGAACAGGAAGAGCACGUCUCUACAGAAGAGGCGUUCGUACGAGUUUCUGUGGAGGUUUAAAACAGAAGUUGCAUUUGUUCCUAAACCUAGAGAGCUGCCUACUUCCUACAUAGGCAGGUACCUUCCAAACUCAACUGGAAACCCAUAAAAGACUGAUUUGUAGCUAGACUUAAACCUAGCGCAAUUAAAAAAUUUCACGUCAAGUACGGGACUGAUACCAAUGGAGUUUAGCGUUAGCAUGUUGCUAAGCUAACAACACAAUACCAUAGGCUUAAAAAAAAAGUGUCCUUCCUCUAUGGAAAAGUGAAGCCAAAACAUCUAUUCUCGUGAUGUGAACAUGACGUGAUUUGGAGCCCAGUUUUGUAAAGAUAUCCCACAAUCCUGCGCGUUCCAUUCCUUGAGCUAAAAAAAUAAAGACGGCGCCAGAAAUUGCGUUUGGUGGCUUGUGUGUUAAAUGUAUAUUUCUGACUAGCUUUUUGCAGUUUUGACGUUAUUUUUAGCGAGAAAUCGGCGUCGCGGUGCGUAAAUGUUCAAGUCAUCAGCAACACGUGUUCUAUUUUGUUGUAUAUCGUUAAACGCUUACUGUCCGAAAUGAGCUUUGUGGGGUGCCUUUCUGCAAAAAACGCUGCCUCAAGCAGACCCACAGAUCACACGCUAGCAAUCGUAAAACCACACCCGUGGUGUUUUCGUAGCAUCUAUUUUAUUAAUUAGACAACUUGUCCAAUUCGUUUAUAUCAGUAGGGCUGGUUUCUGACGUGUAUUGAAGCCAACCACUAGAUGGCGAUCAAAAUGUUUUGGCUUCACUUUUGCGACACACUUGCACAUUGCUCAAUACUUGACAUGAUAUUUAGCAUGUAAAAUGGUCAAUGUUCAGUUAAAUUUGUUUUCAGCGUUAAUUGAAAUACGUUUAUCGUCAACAUUUUGUUUUUAAAAUUUCUAUGCUAAUACGAUUUGGAAAAGCCUUCCUGUGCCAGUGAUGCUUUUUUUUUAACAGAGCUUUUCGUGAGAGUAGAUUUAUAACCCGAUUCCAAUUGAGGGGCGUUUACACCAUUUUCAACUGAAACCAAAAACAUUUUAUGCAUUUUGGAUGUUCAUUUACACGACACUGGUCUUUGGGUGUCUGAAAAGCCAAACUUUAGAAAAAUGGGUUUAAAAAAAAAAAGUGCAAUUUUUUGAUAACCGUUAUCACCUCCGUUCAGCCUACAAAAACGCCAACUACUGGCCUGGUGCAUAUAUAUAUAUAUAUAUAUAUAUAUAUAUAUAUAUAUAUAUAUAUAUAUAUAUAUAUAUAUAUAUAUAUUAUGCUUUAAGACUGACACAAUAGUUAAACAGAUUCCUUUGUUGACAUUUCAACAGUAAUUUAAAAAAAUAAGUCAAUUGUGUAUUCAGUAUUCAAUUAUGUUACCAUUACCAUGACGAUAUAUUCCCAAAACAUUUUGAGAGCAAUUGUUAGAAGGACAAUGGCGUCUCAACAGGCAGAUCUCCAGAUUUUGAGCUUAUACUUUUAUUGUUAUGCGUGCACCGUAUUUGAAAUGAGAUUCAUAUCUGGAAAAAUUCAUAUCAGACUUUUAAAAUUAGUGAAUCAAAAAUGAUAGAAAGUGGUCACCGUUCGACAAGUUACAGCAUCUAAGAUAUCCUUUUUUCUUUUAUACAUUUAAGUAAACUUUAACCUUAAAUCUUAAAAAAUUGCUCAAUAAGAGCAACAGUUUAAAUUGAAGUUACAUUGUAGGUUGUAUGUAUAUAUGUUCGUAUUUUAACGUUUAAGCAGAUUGUUCUGAGCCUAUGAGUUAUUAAAGGGAAACAUUAUCCUCCUCCUACGUCCUUUAGAGUUCCUACUUCUAAGAAGUUAAUUAAAAGCAGAGAGAUGAGAGAGGAGGUCUAGCGUCUCUCCUGAUUACAGACUUUGAGACUUUUAAUUUGUAGUCUAAGCAAGUCAUGCCGCUACCUGUGAUGAACACCUCGCGGUAAAUACACUACAUCCUUGUUUCCAGCUCUGAGGCGCGCUCGAAUAUUUCAUUUGUGAAAGAUGCGCUCGAGAAAAAAAAGCUUAGUUAAACGAUUUGUAAAUAUUCAGUAUUAAGCGAAAGAGCAGAUCAUCUUCGUUUGAACGUUGCGUCGUUUUUUUAUGAUUGUUUUUGUACGUUCUGAAAAACAAACUGAUUUAUGAAAUGUACAGCGUGGUGUAAACUUUUAAAUUUCAGCUGUUAAAUUAUAUUGCUUUCUUCAAAAUUGUAGCAAUGUCAACGCGCACAUGCCAUUUCUUCAACAUAAAGAAGCGUCUUGUUGGAAAA